GUCAUAUCAAAGUGACUUGUGGGGGCUAUCAGCUGGUUGGACAGCAAGCCCCAAGUUAGCCCUUACGCCGAUUAUCUCAGCAUUGAACUACACCAUGUGUUUUUCGCAUUCGAUUUAACCUAGGGAGGGACCAUGGAACAGCCUGGUCCUGCUUCAGAUACACACAUGAUGGAAGGAUCAGAGGUUGAAUCUGUGUCUGAGGGGUCGCCCCUUGGGAAUCAGCUCCAAAACAGCACAGCCAACGUCGAAAAUGAGGAGCAAAUAUCUUACAAAAGUGCAAAUGAAUCAGAAAAGUGCAGUCAGGCAAAAGAUGAAGCACUGUUUGAAAGUGAAUCAAUCCAAAAUGCAACAGAUGUUGAGACGGACAGAGAGACAGAGCCGGAAGCUCAAACAUGCAGUCAGGAACAGGCGGAAGGGAGUGAGAUGGAUGCUGAUACCAGCUGUCAUAACAGUACAGUUUCCAUGGAAGGUGGGAUUCCUUCAUUUUCAAAUGAGGCUGGUGGAGCUUUGGUAGCCCAACACACCUCUUUACGUGAUAUGGUAGAAAGCUCUCCUUCUGUUCUUGAAGGCACAAUAGAACCCUCAUUGACUUUUGAUGCAGUAAAGGUUCCUCAUACCACGACUCCAAACCAAAAUGAGCAGCCAUCAGUCUUGGUUACAAAUUGUUCCACAGAGCCGUUGCCUGCUGCUGAUAAUGGUUCGGCUGAGACUCCAUCACCCUCUUCCGUCCAAAGCACUUCCAAAAGCUCCCCUACUGACUUCACAACCGCCUCUGGGAUCUCUAAUGGCCCCUCGACCCCGAGCUCUGACACUGUCAGUUCCUCCCUUGCUUCCAGUCCACAAACCAGUGCUAACACCUCCGCCCCCUCACAGUCCUCGUCGAGCCCGUAUGACACUGAUUGCAGCCGCAAACUCAUGUCCCAGAUCCAGCGCUCGCUGUCACAGGAGUCAUUGCUGGAUGAGCUAGAGUCAGAGCUUUUGGCUUGUCAGCUGCCUGAGGGUGGAAGCGAGAGAAAAGGGAGCCCACCUGUCAAUGGACUCCCCACAGACCAGGAGGGCUGCAUGGUUGUUUUUGAGAAGUGUGUGCAGUACAAGUAUGCACAACAAGAGAAAGCUAUCCAGAGGUUGCUUGAGGAGAACAAGAGACACCAGGAGCUGAUCCUGGGUAUCUGUUCAGAGAAGGACAACAUGAGGGAAGAGCUGAAAAAGAGGGCAGAGACAGAAAAGCACCACAUGGCCACCAUUAAAAAGUUGGAGGACAGGGUGGAGGAGCUCCGGAAAGAGCUGAAGGAGUCGCGGGAUAAACUUAUUCACCAGGACCAGGCAGCUAAGGCUGCCCUCCAGCAAAUGCAAAAGGAGAUGGCCUACCGGCUAGAACAGGCGAACAAGAAGUGUGAUGAGGCACGCCAAGAGAAGGAGGCCAUGGUGAUGAAAUAUGUGCGGGGGGAGAAAGAGGCCCUCGACCUGAGAAGGGAUAAAGAGGGUUUGGAGAAGAGGCUGAGGGAAGCCACCAAGGAGGUAGACCGUCAGGCACUCCGAGGAAACCACCUGGCUCAGGAGAAAGGCCGGCUGCAGCAGCUGUAUGAUGCUAAGGAAGGCGAGGUUAGCAGGUCGAUUCGAGAGGCGGACAAGUUGAAGGAGGAGAUCAACUCACAUCUUAUCAAGGUCAAAUGGGCCCAGAACAAACUAAAGAGUGAGGCAGAUGCACACAAGGAAACUAAAGACAAGCUGAGAGAGACCACAUCCAAACUGGCCCAGGCCAAAGAAGAGACCGAACAGAUCCGCAAGAACUGCCAGGACAUGAUCCGAACAUACCAGGAAUCAGAAGAGCUAAAGUCCAAUGAGCUGGAUGCUAAACUGAGAGAGACCAAAGGAGAGCUAGAGAAACACAAGCAGGAACAAACAGACCAAUUAGAGGUACACCGGGUUAAGGCCAAAGAGCUGGAAGACCUGAAGAGGAGUUACAAAGAGGGCAUGGAUGAGCUCAAUACUCUGCGUACCAAGUUAAAGUGUUUAGAAGACGAGCGUCCACGCUGGGAGGACGAGCUGACCAAGUACAGGGAGAUCAUCAACCGGCAGAAAGCUGAGAUUGGCCGCCAGAGAGAAAAGCUGGAAGAGAUCGCUACACUCCAGGAGCAGCAUCAACGUGACAAACAGGAGAUCACGUCUCUUCAAGAGGAAGUGGACGGUCAAACCAACCAGAUGGCUGACCUGCAGCGUGAUGUACAGGGCAGCAGGGAGCGUGAGGCUGAGUUACUGGGCUUCACCGAGAAGCUGAGCAGCAAGAACGCCCAGCUCCAGUCCGAGAGCAACGCACUACAGUCUCAGCUGGAUCAGCUUAUCAGCAGCUUCACAGAGCUCCAAGCAAAGCUGGAGGAGACCAGCAGGCUACUGGAUGACAAGUCACGGCAGCUCAAACAGGAAGAGGUGCUGAGGCAGCAGGAGGUGCAGGGCCUGCAGGAGGAGCGGACAGCACAGCAUACAGAGGUGGCCCAACUAAAAACCAGAGUUGAAGAGCUAAGAGAUGAGCUGGUGACUCAGAAAAGGAAACAAGCCGCCAACAUCAAGGACCUGACGAAACAACUAACACAAGCCCGUAAGAGACUGGAGCAGGUUGAGAAUGGAGGCUGCGACCGGGAUGCCAGUAGUAUGGGCAGUCGCUCUAGUUCCUCAGGUACUACUCCUGGAUUUGGCUCCUUAAAUGCACGUCACAGUGGGGGCAGUGGUGUUGAAGAGCGGUCGCCGGAGAGCCAGUCAGGUCCAUCAGUGGUGGUCGUGGACAGCUUCCCAGAGGUCGACAAGGCUGUGCUAGUGGAGCGCAUUGUCCGUCUUCAAAAGGCCCUGGCUCGCAAGCAGGAAAAAAUUGAGUUCAUGGAGGAUCACAUCAAGCAACUAGUGGAAGAGAUCCAAAAAGACGAAGACAGCCUGGUGAACACUGGCAAGAUAACUGUAAGCCUGCAGCAGGUGAUGAAUAAAGAGACAGAGAUACGGAAGCUGAAGCUUAGUGGGUCUCUGACAGAAGACAGUUAGUGCAAGAAAGUCAAUAGGCUAACCUUUGAUCUAUGUUAGCACAUCCAUAUCGCUCUGUUGUAUGAUGGCAGUGCUUUGCAUCUUUUAGCUCAUUGACUACUAAUGACUGUAUCCAUUUACUACUCAUGUAUACUCUCUAUUUUAAUAUAUUGUAUAGUUUAAGUACUGCAUAUAGGGUUGCAGAUUGGGAAGAGCUGUUAAGAGCAUCCCCUGGUUCUGGAAUUGAAAGUCCCAUUCAUUUUUCCCCAUAGACAGUUGGAGCACUUCUACACCUUGAAUGGGCAUGAAACUCUCCCAGUCAAAUGAAUACAACAACAGAUGAACAUUUGUGUUAGAGAAUAUCUAGUUCUUUGACAAAUAGUUGAAGGUAAAAGGUUGUGUACAUAAAAACGUAAGGUGGGAAAUGAACUUUGACUCCUAAGGUGCAUUUUCUUAAGAAACAUUGACUCUCGGAGCUUUAAACACUGUUAUGCUAAACAUCUAUGCAGUGCUAACCACAGACAAAAGCUGAAGAAUAUGCUGUUUAGAAAACAAAUAACACAAUAUGCAGCUUAAUUCAAUUCACAUUUUAUCCUAGGUACAUUUUAGAUGAACAUUUUGAUUUUGCUGCAGCUCUCAUUUGCAUCUCUGACUGGCCUGUUCUCCAUAGCAAUAGCGGCUGAGGACUCUAGAGUGUUGCAGUAUUUAGAGCUGUUGGCCAUGCCAAACUUAUGGAAACAACAUGAUUUCUUGGAAAUUCAGUUGAAAUGAUUAAAACUGGUAGCCACAUUAUAAACCUUUAGGAUUACUACACUAUUGAGGACACCUUCUUGUUUCUGUGUUCAGUGACAUUGAAGAUAUCAUUAAAAGAACAAUUUUAAAUGCAUAUUUGUAAUGGUGAAAAUACUUUCAGAGCCAGCAGCUUCUCCUAGUUCGCUAUUUUAUUGCUACAUAAUUAGUUUUAUUAUUUAUUUUUUCACUUAUCAUGCAGCUAUUCAUUUCCAUUCACUUCAGUUUGUCAGAAAUUCACCAGACUGGCCAAUAAACCAUCACAGUGAAUAUAUUAUCGCCCUUUGGUAUUUUAUAUUAUGUGCUCACAGUGGCAUGUUCAUGUGCUGCUAUGAAGUCAAACAUGGGUCAUUGGCUGCAUUGUUCAUUCAGUAUAUGUAAUUUGUAGUAAAUGAGCUAAAAAAAAAAGCAGAAACGGCGGCAUCAUCCUUCAAGGGCAAUGAUGUCUGUCCUUUACCCACCACACCUGGUUAUUAUGACCAUUAAGUCUAAAUGGACCAUUCAUGUGACUUGAAUUAAAAUGAUGCCAAUACAAACCAGAUGAAAAUAAAAACGGAUGAAGCCCCUCUGUUCACGUGGUGUAGGUGGCUAUUUAUCUGGACAGCCUCCUUCACUCUGUUAAGAUUGUAAUCAAUGGUAGCUGUAAAUCAAUACGAUUUAAAAUCGGUUGCAGGCUACUGAGGAUCCACGCUGCUCAAUGGGUUAAAAUAUUAUAAUUGUUCCUCUCAAGGUUAUGUGGGAUUUUAGUCCCACUGCCACUCCCACUGUGUUCCCCUAUGCUUUUGAUUUUAGUUUGUAUGUAAGCCAGUGCCUGUGAUGUUUUUGAAAUACUACAGAGGAUAUAUUUAGAUUUA